AUGCCGUUAGAUUUCUCAUCUGACUGUGAGUGUCUUAACUGCUUGGAGAGUACUCAGAAUGAGUCUGAUUGGAAUCCAUGUUUCAAGAGUGGUAAUGACUCUUUAUAUUCAAGAUCCAGAAAGAAAUCUACGUCUGCUUCCAGCGUGCAGGCCUUUCCUUCUCAGUGUUGUUCCACCAGGCCAGAGAAUGACGCCAGAGAAGACUCGGUGUUUCUUCCGCCAGAUGAGGAAAGCUAUGUGGAGUCUUCUCAAAACAACCAUCUCAGUCUGAACCCUGAGGGCAUUACAAGGAAAAUCAGACCAUUGAGAGAGCUGACUAUCCAAGAGUUACUGAGGGAGUUUGGGGACAGUAGGAAGUUCCAACCAAACUCCAUAUCCGUGGGCCGCUUUAGAGACCAUGUAGUAAUGAAGUUCAGAAGAGCUCUGUAUUAUUCUGGAAUUUGGGUGACACAUGUCCAAGGCUACAGACUUGGAAAGCACUUGUCAGCUAAUUAUUUCAAGAGAAACCCUGGUAGCCUACACCGGCUGGUCCCUUGGCUGAAACGGGAACUAACAGCUGUUUAUGGAGAUUAUGGCUACACAGUGAAAAAUAUCCUAGCCACCAUUCUCCGUCACAUGACAGAAUGUGAUCUGGACAGCGAGUCCUUCCUUCACCUCCUGGAACCUUAUCUCCAACAACACACCCACCAUUUUCUGCAUGAGUUUAUCAGUUUUGUUCAUUCACCUUAUAACAUGGAGACCUAUGACCAACGAGCCAUCUAUCAAUGUCCUUCUGCUUCACCGUGGGUAAAAAAGAAGUCCAUUGCGUCAGUUCCUGUUUUGCCUUUGCCUAAGGAUCAGACUCUACCAGCAUCUCAACAUGAUACAAGACAGUCUAAAAACCCCCAGGGCCAAUGGAAUAAUGAGCAGAGACCUCUGUCAGGCUUGAAACAGUUUCCAAAUGGUAACUCUUCCUUGAAGACAUCUGAAAUCCCAUUACUCCCUCAUAAAACAGCAAGCAAAAUCCAUGCUUGGAUCAAAGACAAACCAGAAUCAGGUGAUCACAAAGGCACAAUUUCUACUGAUAAUUUGCUCCUGAAUUGGGUCACACCAAGGGAAAGUGGCCCAGGCUUACUCAAUCGCAAAAAAAAUGUUCCAGAGAGGAAGGCAGAGGGGACAAAGUUGCUUCCUGGUCACGUCCAGGAUCUGGGAAAGAGGGAAACAACUGCAUAUACCUUCAGUUCCCCAGUAAUUUUUAAUCAGGGGCAGUCACAGAUGCACAGUCUAAGAGAAAGAAGGGUUUUGAGCCUUGGCCAGCAGAUCAAUUUCCAGAAAAAAGAAGAAAACAAAUACUCAGAUUCUUCACCAAAAAUUUUUCAGAGCAGAUCGUCCAGAGAAAGAUCCUUGGUAAGUUGCAAAUCCAGAAAGAGGGACCCCUCUUGGAGUUGUAUCUCAGAAACUGCCUUUUCUUCUAAGAGAGAUGAUAGGAAGCUGGUCUCUUUCAGAAAAAAGAGGAUGAAGUGCAGACAAUUCUCCCAAUUUGCAGAAGUUGGUUCACAUUCUAGUAGAAGAAUCCAAAGACAAUCAAGGUCCAGUACUCACAGAUCUAAAUCCUGGUGUGUUGGAUUUACAAAGAGAUCUGUAAGCAGAGAAUCAAGUAAUUCCUCUCUGAGAGGAAGCUUCAAAAGUGAAUGCUUCACCCACAAUAUAUGCUGUGAGCCCUCAAAAGAAAAGAAUAUGCAUGGCUAUGAAUCAAACAAUGGGAGGGCAUCUUCAACCACAGUCCAAUAUGCGAAGCUCCCUUCAACUGCUGGGAAGAGAUCCAAGUGUCUUUCUAAAAGCGAAGGUGCUCCCCAAACUGGCAGCCACUGUAAGAGUCUCACAUGCAUACAGACUGAGAAACACAGAUCCCCAUGUGAACAAGAGAUGAAGCAAAAAACCGUAUUUCCCAGAGCUAGGAAAGCCAGAGCAGUCAGGCACAGAAAAAGCAAAUGCCAGCGUCCAGAUAUACAAACCACAGAGGAAGUCAAUGGUGACGCAGGGGAUCUGAAUGAUCUAAGGCAAAUAUGUAGUCUUUCUGAGUGUGCACCUUGCUGCAGGAGGCAAAUCCAAAAGAAAAACGAGAACUCAAGCCUUCAGAAACAUCACCAGGCCAAGAAUGAAUAUCAAGGAGACAAAGUACCAGAAACACAGAGGUGCAAAUUAUUUUGA